AUGAUAUCUCUCGACGAGAUAAAAUGUAGCGUAGUACCAAUAAAUGAAGAAGGAAUUAAAGGAAAAGAGGAGAUUGUUGUUUUUGUUGAGCAGUUUGUUAAAGAUGUUUGUAAUUUUAGUUCUCAGUACGGAAGUAAUCUUAGUAUUUCGUAUACAGCUUAUAAUAUUGCUGGAAAUCCAAGUAAAUUUCCUGACUAUGGGGAUUUUCCACAUGCUUUUGUUAUGAGAACGUACGGACAAUGGUGGGACAAAGCACCUUCAAGAUUAAUAGACUAUAUGCCACAGAACAAUGUGAAUGUCAUAAGCCAGGAUUAUAUAGAUCUAGAAUAUUUUCAAGAGGUAUAUCCAAUUAGAGUUUCGAUAUAUGAAACUUACAAUCCUGGAAGUGUAGUUGGGAUUUGGGCACAAAAUCCUGAGGGCAAAUGGUAUCAAUUAUGGAAUGGAUUUCCUCAAGUUGUGCCACAUAAGCCAAGAAUAUUUUCUCCAUAUUUGCAACUAUGUAAUUUUAAAACAAAAAUGAUAAGACUGGAAUUUAAUCAUAGUUUAUUAGACUAUUAUACAGAAUUAGACGCUGUGUUACUUAUUGGUACAUCAAAGUUAAUUGUACCUAAUAACUUACAUAAUCAAACUUUGAAUGAUCUAUCACAACAAUUAGGUUACCUUAAACAAAGUGAUGAUGACAAAUAUAAUUUAACACCAGAUUAUUUAAAAGCAAACCAGGAUUUAACAGGUCUUAAAAAAAUGCUUUCUAAACACUGUAAACUUUAUAAGAGCAAAAUAAUAGAUAAUGUAUCCAAGGGUAAAUUAGUGUCGAAAAUAGGUAAACACUACCAAUUUGUUCCUCCUAUAGAAGAAGCAUUCAAUAGUUUACAACAAUUUUUGCAAGAAGAUUUUCCAAAACUUAUUAAAGAUAUUCAUCAUUCAAUACCAAAUACUUUAACUGAACAAAAUAACCUUUUUCAAGAAAGAUUUCUAGUAUCUUCAACUGAUUUUGAAAAUCAACCAUGUGGCAGUUUUUCAACACUUCCAGAUGAAACUGUAUUAAAAAUUUUGAAAAAUUUAGAUUUGAGAUCAUUGUGUUGUUUAUGUAGAGUAAAUAGACACUUUAACAACAUUGCAAGGGAUGCUUUAUUAUAUACAAGUCUUAAUUUAAAACCUUACUGGCAUUGUUUAAAUACAUCUGCAUUAAAUAGUUUAGCAUCUAGAUGUCAUUAUUUACAACAACUAGAUCUUUCUUGGUGUGGAAAUUAUGAUAUGAUUAAAUAUCAAGAUUUUAUAUAUUUUCUCCAUACAUGUGGAACUGUUUUGACACAUUUGAGACUAAAUUGUUGUCAAUUUGUAAAUGAUGCUAUUAUUCUUGAAAUUUCAAAAGUGUGUAAAAAUUUAAAAGAAUUGUGUUUAUGUAAUUGUAUGGGUGUAACAAAUCAAGGAUUUACAAAGCUUGAAAAUUUAAAGUUUCUUGAGCGUUUGGAACUUUAUAGAACAAGUAUUGAAACUUCUACGGUAUGUUCUAUUUUAAAAAAGAACACAGAAAUACGACAUUUAAAUUUAGCAGGAAAUUCUUGUCCACAUUUAGAAAGUGUAGAUUUUUGGAAAUCACAGACUUUAACUCCACAUGGGGUUAGAGCUUUGUCCCACUGUACCAAGCUACGAGAAGUGGAUUUUGGAUGGUGUGGUGGGAUUGGAGCUCCUGGUGAUUCCUUACGAGCAUUAUUAUUUUCCUGUCGUUACCUGGAAAAGGUAUUUUUAGCAGCGCUUAGAGGAUUAACAGAUCGUGACUUAGAACCACUUUUAUUAUGUCAACGACUACAACAAUUGGACUUGUUAGGAGCUCGUUCUCUUACUCCUGAUAUAUGUUAUGGAAUUUUAUUAUUUUGUCCAAAAUUAGAAAUGAUUGAUCUUAGUUUCUGUGAAGGUAUUAACGAUCUUAUAGUGCAAGAAUGGCAUCAACAAUAUCCACAUGUAUCUAUUAAAAGAAGUUUUCAAAGAUUAAUGCUGUAA